AUGGCUCAGGUUACUUUGAGCGUUGCGACCAAGGCCAGCCAUGCUGCUGUGCUCCCUGUUGUCUUGAUUGCAACCUCUAUUAACGAGGCUUGCCCUACCCCCGUGAUCGACAUCAAAUACGAGAAUACCGACUUCCUCGGCGAAGGUGAUAAUAAGCAGGUCUCGCAACUUUCGUCUGCUGGAAAGUCAGCUUUCGGCACUGUCCCUACCAUUGAGGAGCUUUGCAACCAGUUCCCCUAUCUGGUUGGUAAGGAGGCUGCAGUAGAGAAGGAGUGGAUUUCACAGCUUGACAACUUCAAUACUCUCGACUUCAAGGCACUCGACCCCGUCCUCCAAAAGCUCGAUACGCACCUUCUCCUCCGCUCCUUCGUUGCCGGCUAUGCUCUGUCCACCGCCGACAUCGCAUUGUGGGGAGCUCUUCGGGGUAACCGUGUUGCUGUCGCUGCGUUGAAGAAGGGUGCCUUGGUCAACCUAUCCCGUUGGUAUCGGUUCAUUGAGGAGCUUUGCCCGUGGACCGCUAAUGUCGUCGAGACGCUGAAUUCGGUCACCCGGGACGCCAAGGUUGCAAAGUCUAAGGCCGGUGCCAAUUACGACAUUGCCUUGCUCAACACCGAUAAGGGCGUUGUGACUCGUUUCCCUCCAGAGCCAUCUGGGUAUCUGCACAUUGGUCACGCCAAGGCCGCUCUUCUCAAUGACUACUUUGCUCAUGAGAAGUACAACGGCACUCUGCUUCUUCGCUUCGACGACACAAACCCCUCAAACGAGAAGCAGGAGUUCCAGGACGCCAUUGUGGAGGAUCUUGCUCUCAUGGGCAUCAAGCCUAACAAGGUCUCUUACACUUCGGACUACUUCGACGAGCUCUACGACUACUGUAUCGAAAUGAUCAAGAAGGGACAUGCCUACGCCGAUGACACUGAGAAGGAAACCAUGGCUGCUCAGCGUAUGGAUGGAAUUCCCAGCGUGCGUCGCGAUCUUUCAGUCGAGGAGAGCUUGGCCCGCUUCGAGGAUAUGAAGAAUGGCACCGAGGAAGGCCUGCGUUGGUGCAUUCGUGCAAAGAUCUCCUUCGAUGACAAGAACAAGGCUCUCCGUGACCCUGUCAUCUACCGCUGCAACCCUCACCCCCACCACCGGAUCGGCUCCAAGUGGAAGAUCUAUCCAACCUACGACUUCGCUUGCCCUGUUGUCGACUCUAUGGAGGGUGUCACUCACGCUCUGCGUACCAUCGAGUACCGUGAUCGCAACCCGCAAUAUCAGUGGAUGUUGGAUGCUCUCAACCUCCGUCAUGUACAAGUCUGGGACUUUGCUCGCAUGAACUUCAUCCGCACUCUGCUCUCCAAGCGCAAGCUGACCAAGCUUGUCGAGAGCGGUGUCGUCUGGGGCUGGGAUGACCCUCGUUUCCCUACUAUUCGUGGUAUUCGCCGUCGUGGUAUGACUAUUCCGGCCUUGCGCGAAUUCAUCCUGAAGCAGGGCCCCUCGCGAACCAUCACCCUGUUCGACUGGGCUCUCAUUUGGGCCACCAACAAGAAGUACAUUGACCCCGUUGCUCCCCGUCACACCGCUGUUGUGAACCAGGAUGCUGUCAAGACAACCAUUACCAACGCCCCAUCACUUUUCACCGAAGAGAAGCCACGCCAUGCCAAGAACGCCGCCGUGGGCAUGAAGACGGUUACCUUUGCUCCCAAUGUGCUUAUGGAGCAGGUUGACGCCAAGUCCUUCAAACAGGACGAGGAGAUCACCCUGAUGAACUGGGGCAAUGCCUUCGUCCGCAAGAUCACCGCUGACAAUAACGGUACCAUUACUCACCUUGAGCUGGAGCUCAACCCCCAGGGUGAUGUUAAGAAGACCGAGAAGAAGGUGACUUGGUUGGCCGAGACUCCUGACCUUGUCCCCGUUGAGCUGGUCGACUUUGACUACCUGUUGAAGAAGGACUCCUUGAGCGAGGACGACGUUCUCGAAGAUGUUCUCAACUAUGACACUGAGACCCGUGAGCCCGCUUUGGCUGACAGCAAUGUCGCCCAGUUCAAGGAGGGUGACAUUAUGCAGUUCGAUCGUAAGGGCUUCUACCGUGUGGAUCGCGCCUACAGCCCUGGUUCUCCUGCUGUCUUCUUCAACAUCCCCACUGGCAAGGCUAAAUAA